AUGACCAAGAUCGAAGCGACCAUUCGGAUGCAACAUGAGCUCCAUCACCGCAUUAGCCGAGUUGUUGAAAAUCUCAAAAAACUUGGUAAGGAGAAAAUCACGCUUGUCACCAUCAAUACACGACUUGAAUCAUUAGAGUCCAAUUGGAAAUCUUUCCAAACAACGCACAGUGCAUUAAUUGCCGCCGCUGUCGAAGCGGAAAAGACACUCGAUUAUUUUGUUACGGAUUAUUACGACCUUACGGAAACGGCAUAUUUCGAGAAUAAAGACACACUCUUAACGCUUCGACAAGACUCUGCCUCACCGGAAGCUGCCUCGGACGACUCUCUUAAUGUUUCAGCGUCGCGUCAUUCCACGGCUCGUGCGCUGCCGAAAAUUACGCUUCCGAAGUUCUCCGGCGAUUAUCAUUCAUGGCCCUCGUUCCUUUUUACAUCAAUGAUUGUCUCUAAUGCAGAUCUUCUGUUCGUAGAAAAGCUGCAUUACUUAAAGAAUCAUGUAACUGGCGAAGCAGCUCGCCGCAUUUCAAAUUUAGCCGUCACCGAGGAUAAUUUCGGGCCAGCUUGGGACGCGUUAGUCGCCCGAUACGAAAACAAGCGUGUCCUUAUGAGUGCUUAUCUCGAUCGAUUGUUUGGAUUACAACCUCUAACUCGAAAAUCAGGUGACGAGCUCAAGGAUUUACUCGCGACAGUUAAGAAAGCUCUCGGUAGCCUACAUGCGCUCUGA